GAGCGUCCACUGCCAUCGAAGUACAAGGAAACGGAUAGUACUGGCUCUCGUUUGUCGUGAAAUUUUUCCCUCGAGAGUUUAAACUAUGGCACGUACCAAGCAAACUGCACGUAAAUCAACUGGAGGUAAAGCACCUCGUAAACAGCUUGCCACAAAGGCGGCACGUAAGAGUGCACCUUCUACCGGUGGUGUGAAAAAACCACAUCGAUAUAGGCCUGGUACUGUGGCUCUUCGAGAAAUCAGAAGAUAUCAGAAGUCGACCGAGUUGCUGAUCAGAAAGUUACCCUUCCAGCGACUGGUUCGUGAAAUUGCACAGGAUUUCAAGACCGACUUGCGUUUCCAAAGUGCUGCGAUUGGGGCCUUACAGGAAGCAUCCGAAGCAUACUUGGUCGGUCUGUUUGAAGAUACCAACUUGUGCGCCAUCCAUGCCAAGCGUGUAACAAUCAUGCCCAAGGAUAUCCAGCUGGCCCGGCGAAUCCGUGGCGAGCGUGCUUAAAUAAUAUGUAACUCCCGUACAUACCAUUUACUACUACUAUUAUUAUUAUUAAUUAUUAUCAUUCAUAACAAUCCUGGAUUGAGCAUUUUCAUUCCAGACUACGUAUUAUGUUGUACUCUAGAAAAGUGUACAAGUUCAUCCUUUACAACAGGUACAUAGAACUUGAAGCUCUUAUAGAUCAAUGUUAUGAACUACUUUUGGUACAUUGGUAGUUUUUGCUUUUGCAAAAAGAAAAAAAAGUCGGUUACAAAAGGUAAUUCUUUUAUCUCUUCGUUUAAUUUAUACGUUCUAAUAUUCUACACUAUGUCUACAAAGUAAAAGUACGUGGUAAAGAUAAAAAGUGAAACAGACGCAUAAAAAUAAUCUUGAUGGAAGACAAGAAAAAUCUUCUGCAAGUACUGUUAAGAAUAAAAAAAAAGGGCAACUUAAGUUUCUCAUAGAGACCAAGUUUUAUUUGACAUUAUUACAACACAUAAUACCAUCAUUAUCAUUAUUGGUACAAUACAUAGCAAAACUAUGCAUUAGAAAGUAAGACAGUUUCUUUAUAGAGAUCCAAUGUAGUGUUUAAUAUGCUAGAAUUCUGGUUGUAUGAACAUUACAUAAGAUGUUUCAAUCAGCCAAGUACUCAUUGUUCGUGUAAAGAUAAACGUUUCAUAAAUAAAUCUUCAAAAUAA